AUGGAGCGACCAAUUCCAUCAGAGAGAUCCACCGGAGACGACGAAUCGGCGGUUUUCGAUUGCGAGAGUGUUGCUUCCGGCGGCCACGUUUCAGAGAGGCAAGUUCGGAAGACGGAUGGUGCCGAUAUGAACCUAAUUCGAACUAGAUUCGUUUACGGUUUGAGCACGCAAGGAUUGAAAGCUGAUGUGAUGUCGAUUCAGAGGAAUCCUUGUUCAUCUGUAAUGGCACAAGCGAGAAUUCAAUCGUUUCAGAUCUUCGCACGCGCGGUGGCGAAACUCCGCGGUGGAAAUGCGAACGUGAAACACGUUUGGUAUGGUGCGUCUAGUAAGGAAGAGAUUGAUGAUAUUAUUCAACACGGUUUUGGUCAUGCUCAUAGUAAUGGUUUGCGUUUCUCUCCCAAUGAUUCACCUCUCGAAAGUGUGAGAAGUUCUGUUGUUGAUAAAGACGGUUUGAGGCACUUGUUGCUAUGUCGUGUGAUUCUUGGAAAGAUGGAGGUCUACGGCGGCGGAGAGAGUAGCAUCUAG